AUGAAAAUAACAGAACACAAUAAAUACUUGAUAUGCAAGAAAAAACCAAACUUUGCAAACAAGUAUUUUCUUCGUAAGAAGUUGAAGAAGCGUCGCGUGUCCAAGUGCGCCGCGCCGCCUACAUUACAUUGUUCGUACGUACUAGGAUUCCCGAAUACGUUCACAUUCCGAGCAUACGAGCACAACAAGCAGCGACGAACGCCGACACAACACGCCAACGCGCUCGAAAGUGACAGCAGGAUCAGGUGGGCCGAACAGUCAUUUGUGAAAUCCCGGGUGAAACGAUACCCACCUUAUGACCCUGACAGAGAAAUACAUAGAGUGAAAAGAAUAGAAAAUGCUCAAGAUAGGAACUCCUCUCUUUUUGACGAAAGAAAGAAAAGAGAGGCUGUUCGAAGAACAUCUUUAUUUAACGACGAACUUUGGGGUUAUCAGUGGUAUUUGCAAGACACCAGAACUAACCAAGAUCUACCCAGGUUGGAUUUGAACGUGUUGCCCGUGUACGAAAUGGGUAUAACCGGGCGCGGUGUGCGCCUCUCCGUACUGGACGACGGCCUCGAGUACAACCACACCGAUCUGCGCGAUAACUACGAACCAGAAAUAAGUUGGGACUGCAAUGAUCACGAUUCUGAUCCUUACCCAAGGCAGGAGAAACAAAAUCGUAAUUCACAUGGAACUCGAUGUGCGGGAGAAAUAGUGAUGACAGCAAAUAAUGGAAAAUGUGGAGUAGGCGUGGCCUUCGGUGCCAAAGUGGGCGGAGUUCGAAUGCUCGACGGACGUAUAACCGAUCGCAUAGAGGGCGAAGCGAUAGGUUUCGCGUGGGAUAAAGUCGACAUUUAUAGCGCUUCUUGGGGCCCAAAUGAUGACGGGAGUACAGUAGAAGGUCCAGGAAGGCUUGCAGUCGAAGCUUUGAAGCGUGGAGUUUCUAAGGGUCGUGAUGGCAAAGGGUGCAUUUACGUCUGGGCUAACGGCAAUGGGGGCGGUCACAGCGACAAUUGCAAUUGUGAUGGAUAUUCAUCAAGUAUUUAUACUAUUUCUAUUGGAAGUGCAUCGCAGCAAGGUUUGUUUCCUUGGUACGGGGAAAUCUGUUCGUCGACGUUAGCCACUGCGUAUUCCUCCGGUGCUUACAAGGAUCAAAAAAUAGCAACAACUGACACAAACGACUCAUGUACAUUGAAGCACACUGGGACUUCUGCUGCGGCGCCACUAGCUGCUGGGAUUAUCGCCCUCGCUUUGCAAGCUAAUCCAAAUUUAACUUGGCGCGACGUUCAACACCUCAUUGUGUGGACAUCAGAAUUCUCGCCUCUAUCUCAUAAUCCUGGCUGGCAAAUAAAUGGUGCCGGUUUUCGUUUCGAUGUUCGCUUUGGUUUCGGGCUACUUAAUGCGGCCGCGCUUGUCAAGUCUGCACUCAACUGGACGACUGUUCCGGAGAAGUGCAGUUGCCGCAUUGAAGCUCCACGCUUAAAAGAAGCCGAUAGGAGAAUUUCAACAAAAGAAGACGUAAAUAUCGAAAUCUAUGUUGAAAAUUGCGGAGUCAACUACAUCGAGCAUGUGGAACUUGUCGUAAAUGCUAAAUACAAGCGGCGAGGAGCCUUGGAAAUAUAUUUAACUUCGCCUCAAGACUGGCCGCUGACCUCGGUAGCGACGUGGGGGGAGCGCGCCGACGGGGUUUGGCGUGCCACGUUUGAAGACAUGACUAAUGAACAAAAUAUGGGACAAAUCGGGUCAUUAAGUCUAGUACUUCAUGGAACUAAAGAGAUGCCAGCUCAAAUGAGAAAUGGACCGAGGGUAUACAACUUUGGAUACAAUGAAGAAUUGCCGUCUAAGUUGGAUUACUUCGAUUUCGAAGACCCUGUAGAAGAAAAUGUCAAUGAAAAUGUAUUUAACAUGGACACCGAUUUGAUCAUAGAUGAAAUAGAAGAAGACUUACAAAGAAAUCAUCAUAGUAAAUCAUUCAUGUUACCCUAGUACAUGUACAAUGGCUAUAUUUAACGAGAUUUUUAGCAAUUCGACGACACAAAUGAACAUUUAUUUUUUUAUA